AUGGCUCAGUCGCCGAUGCUCUCGUGUCCGCUGAAGCAGACCAACGAGAUUGAUUGGAUCAAGCCCCUAAAGGAUUACAUUCGACAAGUCCAUCGCAAGGAUCCCGAGCAAUACACUCAAGCAUGUACGACUCUCAACCGGCUUCGCCAAGAUAUGAGGGACGUAGGGAAAGACACCGCUAUCAGCCGUGACGUGUUGUAUCGAUACUACGGUCAACUGGAGAAUCUAGAUCUCAGAUUUCCUAUCGAUGAAAACAACGUCUCAUUCACAUGGUACGAUGCUUUUACUCAUACACCCACCUCUCAAUUCUCCCGAGCCUUCGAAAAGGCAUCCAUGAUCUUUAACAUCGCCGCCCUCCUAUCUUGCCAUGCUGCCAACCAGAGCCGCGCUGACGAUACCGGUCUGAAGACUGCAUACCACUCUUUCCAGGCAUCCGCCGGGAUGUUUACAUAUAUCAAUAGCCAUUUCGACCAUGCGCCAUCAACCGACCUGAACAGGAACACUAUCACGAUACUAGUACACCUCACACUAGCCCAGGCCCAAGAGGUCUUUUUAGAGAAACAAGUGGCGGAUCAGAGGAAGUCUGGGCUCUUGGCCAAGCUGGCUGCACAGGCAUCGUACCUCUACUCACAGGCUAUUGGGGAAAUGCAAAACUCGGUCGACAAGAAUGUGUUUGACAAGGUCUGGACGAUUCUUAUACAGGCCAAGGCAGCAUAUAUGGGGUCAGUAGCAUCCUAUUAUCAAGCAAUUACAGACAGUGAGAGCGGAUCCUAUGGGGUUGCCAUUGCUCGUUUACAGAUGGCUGAUAAGCAGUCGGCCACUGCUCUAAGCUGGGCAAAGUCAUUCCCCUCAUCUCCUCCAACGAACACCAGCCUGACAGCAGAUUCGGGCUCUAAUCUCUUGGACCUUAUCAAGCAUAAUCAAGCAAAUGUGCAAGCUCUACUUACCACCAUGGUCAAAGACAAUGACUUCAUCUAUCACCAACCAGUGCCCAAUGAGGCUGGCCUGUCACCAGUUGCCAGGGUCACUGCUGCCAAGGCGAUUUCGGUUAGCGAAUUGUACCAGGGACAAGAUAUUGAGCAAAUCAUUGGGCCAGAUAUCUUCGAUGGCCUGGUGCCUGAAAGUGUAACCAAGACCGUCAGCCUUUACGACGAAGAGAAGGCCAAGUUGCUUAGAGUUGAGGAUAAUAAGGCGGAGGAGGUCAAGGCUGUGAUGCUCACUUACUUGGAUGACCUCAAACUGCCAGGCAUUCUCGAAAUCUGGAAGGGAGGCUUGAACCAAGAGAUGUCAGUGGACCAGGAUUUCCGUCGCUGGUGUUCAGAACUUGCUGGUCACAACUCCUUCCAGAGGGCCUUCAGCGAAUUGCAGGAUCGCAAAGCAGAAGUGCUAUCCCAAUUAGAUCAGUGCUCGAAGCAGCUGGAUCUGGAAGAGAGCGUAUGUGAGAAGAUGCGCUCAAAGUAUGGAGCGGAUUGGAGCCAGCAACCAAGCUCUCGACUCAAUACUACGCUCCGAGGGGAUGUCCGAUCAUAUCGAGAUACUAUCAAUGAAGCCAGCGCGAGUGAUUCUCAGUUGUCUUCCACGCUUCGGCAGUAUGAGAGCGAUUUUGAUGAGAUGCGAUCUGCCGGAGAAACAGAUGAGGCCGACGUUCUCUUCCAGCGAGCCUUGAACAAAGCCCGUUCGAAGCAGGGUAAGAGCAAAAACGGUGUUACCAGUCCGCCCGCAGGUAAUCUUCUAGAUGAUGUCUAUGAUGACGGCAGCGACUCUGUUGCAGAGCAGAUUGCCCAGGUGGGUUGGUUCUUAAAGAAACUGGAAUCCGUACAGGUGGAGAGGUCCACUUGUCUCUCAAAUCUCAAAAAAGAAGUCCACGAACAUGAUAUCACGAAAGAAUGUCUUCUAAAUCAGAAGACAAUUGUCGGCCGAGAAUCUGACUUUUUCAAAACUAAGUUGGAAAAGUUCGAACCGUAUCAAAAAAGACUUCUGCAGGUGGAGGAGAUACAAAACACCUUAAUGAAAGAUCUCAAAAGGGCGUAUGAUAAGCUUCGUCAAGACAAAAGAGUUCAGUCUGAGAAUUCAAAGUACGAGUCUAUCAUGAGACAACGCAAUUCCGUCCUAGCUCGAUACAAGAAGGUCUACGAGGCAUUCCAUGGCCUCUCGUCCGGCAUCAAGCAAGCACGAACUUUCUACAAGGACAUGGGCGAAAACAUCGAUAGUCUUCGCAAGAAUGUCGAAACCUUCAUCGACAAUCGCCGAUCAGAAGGUGCACAGCUUCUUAGUCAGAUUGAGCGCGAGAAGGGAAUGGCCCAAAAUUUCGAGAGUUUCCGCAAGACUUCUGAAAUUUCCAACAAUCGCGACAAAUCCAGCGGUGUUUCAGAACAAGAAGAUCGCGAGCGAGAGAAGUUGCGUCAACUGAUGGAGCGUCUCUCAACGGAGCCUAAGAGCUCCUCGAAUUUACUCUCCACGGGGUCAGCAAAACCGCCCUCGAAAGUCAAGUCACCACCUCCGCCCGUUCAGACGCCGGCGUAUGGAACCACUGGUCCAUCCCCAAAGCCGUCACCCCGCUACCCGCCUACAAUGCCCGGCGUACCCCCCUCGCACUCCCCAGCGCCCUACGGGCAGUACAUAGGAAGUGGUCCAGGAGCUUACCAAGCCCAGCAUUUCCAGCAAGGCGCUGCAGCUCCCUUAUCCGAGGGCUACAACCCCAUGGCAUAUCCUUACCAGACUCCCGUGUCCCCACCUCCGAACCAGCAAUUCUUUUCUCAGACCCCGACCCCAUACGGUGGCUACUCUAAUUCUGGCACGCCGGCUCCUGGUGCUGGCCCUCAAGCAUCGCACUAUAUGGCUCCCCAGGGCUACAUCCCGCCUCCACCUCCACCGCUCCCCAAGGAGACAGUGUACCCUCCUACAGCAGGUGGUACAUACCCCUCUGGUCCUGGUGGUUAUGCACAGAGCAGACAGUACGGACAUCACAAAACCCCUUCGCAGUCGCAGCCACAGUCACAGUCUAAUUCUUCCGCCAAUCCAUGGGCUGGUCUCAACGCCUGGAAAUAA